AUAUUCACCCAGUUGCGUGAGUUUAUGGUUCGUGCUGCUGUCGACGCGGAUCAGCGGGUAAAAUAGUACAUUUAGAUCUGCAAACAAGCAUUGAUCCACUUCGUGGUAUGUGCUGCGCUUUUUCUUCCCCUUCUUCCUCGUCAUUUUGUGCCUUUUCCAUGCAUCCCUAUCAUCAUCUGCCACUUAAGUUCCCAAUCUUCCCCGCGACGUGCUCGUUUGUCAAUUCCGGGGUCAGAAAGUCUGCGGGCGCACCUUUCACUACUAGAUCUACUAGUAUCUCGCCCUUGAUUUGCCUUUGUACAAUUCAGUUGUUGUCAUUGGCGGUGUUAGUUUCGUCGAUUUAAGUUGCUUGCUUGCUCCUUGCUGCGGCCCCAACUCCGGCUACGGAGUGGCAUCCUACGUGGUCUUCCUUCCUCCCCCCCAAAGGGAGUAGGUUUGCU